ACUGAGACGGACACGUGGGGCUGCUCUUCAGUUUGCACUUUGACGGACACGUGGGGCUGCUCUUCAGUUUGCACUUUGACGGACACUUUGCACUUUGACAGAAACGUGAGCUGCUCUUGAGUUUGCACUUUGACAGAAACGUGGGGCUGCUCUUCAGUUUGCACUUUGACGGACACGUGGGGCUGCUCUUCAGUUUGCACUUUGACGGACACGUGGGGUUGCUCGUCAGUUUGCACUUUGACGGAAACGUGGGUUUGCACUUUGACGGAAACGUGGGGCUGCUCUUCAGUUUGCACUUUGACUGACACGUGGGGCUGCUCUUCAGUUUGCACUUUGACAGAAACGUGGGGUUGCUCUUGA